AUGGCUCAACAUAAUCAGAACAUUUGGCGUCCACGGCCUCGUAAUAGUAAAUACAGAGCGCCCAAAGGGAGCAAGUGGCAAGAUCAGCACCAGAAGGAAGAUGAUCAGAUCGCCCCGGAUGGCGUUUCCGGAUCCACCAACCAUCUCGAACUGUGGGCUCUGAUGACAGCGGACAUGCCACAACACCCCACCAAGCGUGCCAAAUCGCGCGCGAUCGAAGAAGAAAUCCAGGAGCGCAUUCAACGAAGAUACCAAGGUCCGAAGCAUCACCGACCAGCGACUUCGCAAAACGACCUUGAACCCGUAGACGAGCACAUGGUAAUUGAUCUUACAGGCGAAGAUGUGCAAUCAAAAGCCCUGACCCCCGCACCGAGCAAGAAACGUCCUCACUCACCAUCUCCGGCUCGAGACAUGUUACACACCGACCUCAGUACUGUAAGCUACGUCCAGACCAUCAAGCGCCGUCGGUCAAGGUCAAACUCGCCCAAGAGGUCUGCUUACUCUGCCUUCAGCGCGCGAACGUACGACACAAGGGCGCUGAGUACGGCAGAAUCUGAUGAAGAGUACGACUAUGCGCAGUCAAGUGAAUGGAGCUUCCCGAGCAGCGAAGACGAAGAUGAUGAGAUGACUUGA